AGGCGCGCCAUGCGGGCCAAUGAGGAGGCAGGGGCGGUGAGCGGGAAGGGACCCCCGCAUCCACCGCGGCCCUGGGGACCUGGAAGGAAGCAGCGGGCCGGGGCCGGGGCGGAGGCCCGCUCCGGGCCAGCAGCCAGACUCAGCCCGUCGCAGGUCAGGCCCGGCCUCGGUUCUUGGGGCAGCAUGAAGUGUCUGGUCACGGGCGGCAACGUGAAAGUGUUCGGCAAGGCCAUCCACUCCCUGUCCCGUAUCGGGGACGAGCUCUACCUGGAGCCCCUGGAAGACGGGCUUUCUCUCCGGACGGUGAACUCCUCCCGCUCUGCCUAUGCCUGCUUCCUCUUUGCUCCACUCUUCUUCCAGCAGUACCAGGCGGCCACCCCUGGUCAGGAACCCCUGCGCUGUAAGAUCUUGCUGAAGUCGUUCCUGUCCGUCUUCCGCUCUCUGAUAAUGGUGGAGAAGACUGUAGAGAAAUGCUGCAUUUCUCUGAAUGGAAAGAAUAGUUACCUGGUGGUCCAGCUGCACUGCAGAUAUGGAGUGAGGAAGACUCACAACCUGUCCUUCCAGGACUGUGAAUCCCUGCAGGCUGUCUACAACCCAGCCCUGUGCCCCCAUGUGCUCCGGGCCCCAGCAAGGGUUCUGGGGGAGGCUGUUCUGCCCUUCCCUCCUGCACUGGCCGAAGUCACCCUGGGCAUUGGCCGUGGUCGCAGGGUCAUCCUGCGCAGCUACCAGGAGGAGGAGGCAGACAGCGCCAUCAAAGCCAUGGUGACUGAGAUGAGCAUUGGGGAGGAGGAUUUCCAGCAGUUGCAGGCUCAGGAAGGGGUAGCCAUCACUUUCUGCCUUAAAGAAUUCCGGGUAAGGUUCUGCCCCCCACCCCGCCGCCCCACACCACCCGGUCUGCUGUGCUGCACCCCUGGGCCUCACUGCUCUGCCCUCCCCUCCCAGGGGCUCCUGAGCUUUGCAGAGUCAGCAAACUUGCCUCUUAACAUUCACUUUGAUGCACCGGGCAGGCCAGCCAUCUUUGCUAUCACGGACUCUCUGCUGGAUGGCCACUUUGUCCUGGCCACACUCUCAGAGCCCGACCUGCCCUGCCAGGAGCUGCACGCCCCAGGAUUCUGCCAGCCAACGCCUCUGCUGCAGGCACUCAGCACACCCCACCUGGAUGACUUUGCCCAUGACGACAUUGACUCUUACAUGAUUGCCAUGGAAACCACUGCGGGCAGUGAGAGCUCACGGGUACCGCCCUGCAUUGCCCUCUUGCCGAGCCCCCGGCCUAAGUGUAGCCCCAGCCCCUGCUCUGAGGAUGAGGAUGAAGCUGAGCCCAGCACAGUGCCUGGGACUCCUCCACCCAAGAAGUUCCGCUCGCUGUUCUUUGGCUCCAUCCUGGCUACCGCACACUCCCCCCAGGGCCCCAGCCCUGUGCUGGCUGAGGACAGCGAAGGAGAAGGCUGAACUGAGAAACCCUAGUUUGUGUCCAGAGGCCCUCAAACAGAUGAGGCCAUAGCCUCCCUGCCCCCAGGCUGGACCUCUGCCCUGGUGGGUGGUGAAGGUUGGCUUUGCUGAGCUGAGGUGGUCCUCACCCUGGAUUGGCCAUGGUCCUUUCAUCCCCCUGCCCAGCCUCCAACUAAUCAUGUGUGCUGCCACCAGACAGCAGGUCCACACGGGGCCUCAGACCAAACUCCAACCAUGUCCCCAGGGCUGGCCACCUGACUCUCCUAAGCCCACCGCCCUAAGGAAAAAAAUCACUGUGGGGCUGCUGGCCCCUGUUGAUUCAC